CGUGUCUCUCACACACACACACACACACACACACACACACACACACACACACACACACACACACACACACACACACACACACACACACACACACACACACACACACACACACACACACACACACACACACACACACACACACACACACACACACAGGUAGUCCUCUACAAGGGGGAGGGAAGAAAAGGUCUUGACAGCCACAAAUCAUGUGUGGUAGGUAGAUGUCUGUGUGUGUGAGUGGGAAGAGACAGAGGAGAGAGAGAGAGAGGGAUAGCCUCAGUCCCCAGUCCAGAUGAAGGGUGUAUUCUUCUUGGCUGUACAAAGAGCCCCAUUAUGGUGAGAGCUGUGAAGAGGCGUAUCCUCCCGCCUGGGCCUGAGUCUGGGCCCUCUGCUAGGUGAACCCCCCCUCCAGUGGUUUCUCCUGUUCUGUCUCCUCCUCAGACGUGGUGGAACCCAGACAGAUACUCUAUGCUACAGUUCUUAUGGUCAGGACAACACUUACUCAUAGGGAUACACAAUUUCAUACGCUUGAAAAAUAAUAGGCCUGCAAGCCUUGUUUAACUCGAUAGACCACGUAGCAUCAAAACUUUUGUUGAGAUGCUUGACGCAUUUCAAGCAGCUUUUUUCUGAAAUGACUGACUGCAAAUAUCUGAAGUAGCACAUUUUUCCCAGAUGUGUACUUCCACUGUGUACACAAUACAAGCAGCUCACCCAGAUGACUGUAGGGUUGGGAGAUGACUGUAGACUCACCCAGAUGACUGUAGGGUUGGGAGAUGACUGUAGGCUCACCCAGGUGACUGUAAGGUUGGGAGAUGACUGUAGACUCACCCAUAUGACUGUAGGGUUGGGAGAUGACUGUAGGCUCACCCAGAUGACUAGGGUUGGGAGAUGACUGUAGGCUCACCCAGAUGACUGUAGGGUUGGGAGAUGACUGUAGGCUCACCCAGAUGACUGCAGGGCUGGGAGAUGACUGUAGACUCACCCAGAUGACUGUAGGGUUGGGAGAUGACUGUAGACUCACCCAGAUGACUGUAGGGUUGGGAGAUGACUGUAGACUCACCCAGAUGACUGUAGGUUUGGGAGAUGACUGUAGACUCACCCAGAUGACUGUAGGGUUGGGAGAUGACUGUAGGCUCACCCAGAUGACUGUAGGGUUGGGAGAUGACUGUAGGCUCACCCAGGUGACUGUAAGGUUGGGAGAUGACUGUAGGCUCACCCAGAUGACUGUAGGGUUGGGAGAUGACUGUAGGCUCACCCAGAUGACUGUAGGGUUGGGAGAUGACUGUAGGCUCACCCAGAUGACUGUAGGGUUGGGAGAUGACUGUAGGCUCACCCAGAUGACUGUAGGGUUGGGAGAUGACUGUAGGCUCACCCAGAUGACUGUAGGGUUGGGAGAUGACUGUAGGCUCACCCAGAUGACUGUAGGGUUGGGAGAUGACUGUAGGCUCACCCAGAUGACUGUAGGGUUGGGAGAUGACUGUAGGCUCACCCAGAUGACUGUAGGGUUGGGAGAUGACUGUAGGCUCACCCAGAUGACUGCAGGGCUGGGAGAUGACUGUAGGCUCACCCAGAUGACUGCAGGGCUGGGAGAUGACUGUAGGCUCACCCAGAUGACUGUAGGGUUGGGAGAUGACUGUAGGCUCACCCAGAUGACUGCAGGGCUGGGAGAUGCUUUGGGUGUUAUUGUUUAUGUUCUCUGUGCUGUGCGUAUGUACACACAUUUUCAGGUGGGUUGGGCUACUCGUUGUGACGAGGGCGUGAGUCUUGUCUCUGGGAUAUGUGGUAUGUAUGUGUGUUUGAGUAUGUGUGUGUACUGUAUUUGAGUGUGUGUGUUAAGUCCAGGCUUAGCCAGGUAUGGCAUGUAUGAACUUGCAGGCCUGAAGGCAGUCCCCCCCCUCACACGCACACACACACACACACUCACUCCUCCCUCCUGCAUUUCAAGUGUUGAAAGACUGUGAAGGUGUGGUUUUGCGAAAGAGAGAGCAACACACCCAAGUGUAUUGUUGUAACACCGGGGACGUUUUUGAACUGAGCCAUCUCUUUUCACUUCAUUCUCCCCCAAGAAGUUAUGUGCCUCAAUUGGUGGCGUGCCACCAUUUUAUAAAUCAUAUUUGUAGUAGGCUAUUAGUUAUCAGUCCUUGACCGUAUGACCGUAUUGACCGUAUCAGUCCUUGACCGGCUUGACCGUAUGUGUGAAGACCUCAACAACAAAUGUUGGCAUCUAUUUAGGCAUCAUGGCCGAAUUCAAACUCUGGUGAAUUCUACAAUUGAAACUCCAGUGAAUCAAAAUGCCUUCCUGAAUUUCACCUAUUGAUGUGUAGUCUGUCUGGAGGAUGCUCCUUAUACAAAUAAGAGCAUAUUUGAAAACAGCCUUUAUAAAACAAACUGCUUUCACAGGCUGUUCUGCCAUUCAUCUGCGUACUGAUAUGGACAAUCAAUGUCCGUUGGUGAACUACUAGACUAUUAACUCACUUGAACUUAACAGACCUUUAAAAAGAGCUGCACAUAAAUUUUGAGUGGAGCAAGGCAGCAUUAUAACUGCAGGCUCUGUUUUAGGUGCUGCUAGCUGGUGUGUGUGGGUGUGUGUGUGUGUGUGUGUGUGUGCGCGCACCCCAGAAUUUAUAGAGUGGGGCUGUCACUGCUGCCCCCUGAUUGAAUGUGCCAUUUGUUGCACAGAUAGACAACUGUCAGUGGAGAGCAGUCCAGGCCCA